CCAUGGGCCACGACUACAGCUACUCUCAGCCUGAUUCCUCAGAUCAAGCUGCUAUAUACUCUGAUGACACUGAGGGCAGGGAAAUAGCAGCUUUGAUACGGAUGGAUGAGGUCGAGAGUACUCGAGAAAAUGAUCAAGCGAUGCAAUACCCUCCCCAACCUGAGGUUGAGUUCGGAUUCCCCAAAGUAUGCUACUGUGGUGGUCAGCCUCUACUAUCCUCAAGCUACAACAGAAGAUACUUCACAUGUGCGAAUGUUGAUGAUGGAGAGAUGCAUAUUCACAAGUGGUGGGAUAUAGCUGUCAUGGAGGAGAUGGGCGAGAUGAACAAACAAUGUCAAGUGCUGUCUGAGAAGGUGGAUAGCCUCACAAUCGCAAGUGACUAUGACUCGCACAUCAAUACUGAAACCAAGCAGAAAAUAGUCAUGUUAGAGAAGGUAGUGUUAGAGCUACGGAAGAGUAGAAAUAGGUUUAGAAAUGGUACAGAAUUGAUAUUCGUAAUUGCUAUUGUUGUAUGUUUAAUAUGUAUGGUGGUGAUGUCUAUGAAAUU